GCACUGCCCGCGGGAGCCGCCGCCGCCGCCGCCGCGCCCGCCAUGGACGUCCGCCUGUACCCCUCGGCGCCCGCGGUGGGCGCGCGGCCCGGGUCCGAGCCGGCCGGCCUGGCGCACCUGGACUAUUACCACUGCGGCAAGUUUGAUGGUGACGGUGCCUCCGUGGGGAUGAGUGACGGAAGCCCGGAGCUCCUAGCAACCAGCCAGAACUACAACAGCCAGAGCGAGAGCAACGAGGACUAUGAGAUCCCCCCAAUAACGCCCCCCAACCUCCCCGAGCCGUCGCUCCUGCACCUGGGGGACCACGAGGCCAGUUACCACUCGCUGUGCCACGGCCUGACACCCAACGGCCUGCUCCCUGCCUAUCCCUACCAGGCCAUGGACCUGCCGGCCAUCAUGGUGUCCAACAUGCUGGCCCAGGACGGCCACCUGCUCUCCGGCCAGCUGCCCACGAUCCAGGAGAUGGUGCACUCGGACAUGGGCACCUACGACUCAGGCCGGCCGGGGCCGUUGCUGGGCCGCCCAGCCAUGCUCAGCGGACCCAUGAGCGCCCUGGGCCAGUCACAGCUCAUCUCGCAGAUGGGCCUCCGGACCAGCGUCCCGCAUGGCUCCCCGUCGCCCCCUGGGAGCAAGUCCGCCACCCCGUCGCCCUCCAGCUCUACCCAGGAGGAGGACUCGGAAGCUCAUUUCAAGAUCUCAGGAGAGAAGAGACCCUCCACGGACCCAGGGAAAAAGGCCAAGAACCCAAAGAAGAAGAAGAAGAAGGACCCCAACGAGCCACAGAAGCCCGUGUCCGCCUACGCCCUCUUCUUCAGGGACACUCAGGCGGCCAUCAAGGGACAGAACCCCAGCGCCACCUUUGGGGACGUGUCCAAAAUCGUGGCGUCCAUGUGGGAUAGUUUGGGAGAGGAGCAGAAGCAGGCCUACAAGAGGAAAACCGAAGCGGCCAAGAAGGAGUAUCUGAAGGCACUGGCCGCCUACAGGGCCAGCCUCGUCUCCAAGAGCUCUCCAGACCAGGCAGAGACCAAGAGCACCCAGGCCAACCCGCCCGCCAAGAUGCUGCCUCCGAAGCAGCCCCUGUACGCCGUGCCCGGCCUGGCUCCCUUCCUCACACCAUCGGAGCUGCAGGCCUUCUGCGGCGGGGCCUCUCCCGCCAGCCUCGCCCGGACCCUCGGCUCCAAGUCGCUGCUGCCGGGCCUCAGUGCCUCCCCGCCGCCCCCCUCCUUCCCGCUCAGCCCCCCGCUGCACCAGCAGCUGCCCCUACCCCCCCACGCACAGGGCGCCCUCCUCAGCCCCCCUGUCAGCAUGUCCCCGGCCCCGCAGCCCCCAGUCCUGCCCGCCCCCAUGGCACUCCAGGUGCAGCUGGCCAUGAGCCCGUCGCCCCCAGGGCCCCAGGACUUUCCUCACCUCCCAGAGUUCCCCAGCAGCUCGGGGUCCCGCUCCCCUGGCCCGGCGAACCCCACGAGCAGCGGAGACUGGGACAGCAGUUACCCCAGCGGGGAGUGUGGCGUCAGCACCUGCAGCCUGCUCCCCAGGGAGAAAUCGCUCUACCUCACCUAAGGCAGCAGCUCUCGGCCCUGAGGCUCGCAGGAAGGGAUCCGGGACCCCCGGGGG